AUGCCCUUCGAUAUCACACACAGCCCGAGGGAGGAAGGCGCAGCCGCCUUGGACCUGGAUGAACACCCAGACACUCAACGCUUCCUGCAAGUGCUGGAGGAGCUAGAUGGGCUGCCGCCAAACGGCGGCGAGGAGCGGGCCGACCGCCAGGCAGCUCGGGGGCUCUUUCGCUGGGAGGACGACGUGUUUGUGGCGAGGGCGCCCGGCCGCCUGGAUGUGAUGGGCGGCAUUGCAGACUACAGCGGCUCGCUGAUGCCGCUGGCGGAGGCCUGCCACGUGGCCCUGCAGCGGCACCCGGCGGCGGCUGGGGAGGCGCAGGAGCGGGCGCCGGCGGUGCGUGUCGUGAGUUUUAACGCCGGGGCCGCCGAUCGGGCGCCUGCCUUUGAGGUGGAGCUGGCCCAGCUGCUGCCAGGAGGGGAGCCGCUUGGAUAUCCAGAGGCUCGGGCGCUGCUGCGGCGGGACCCCUCCCUCAGCUGGGCGGCCUAUGUGGUGGGGGCACUGGUGGUGUUGGCACAGGAGCUCGGGGCACGGUUUGCUGAUGGGCUUUCCAUCCUGGUCUCCUCGGAUGUGCCCGAGGGCAAGGGCGUGAGCUCCUCCGCCGCCGUGGAGGUGGCGGCGAUGUCGGCGCUAGCGGCGGCGCACGGCCUGCGCCUGGACGGCCGCACGCUGGCCCUGCUGUGCCAGAAGGUUGAGAACCACGUUGUGGGCGCCCCCUGCGGCGUGAUGGACCAGAUGACUGCGGCGCUGGGCCGGCGCGACCGCCUGCUGGCGCUGCGCUGCCAGCCCGCCGAGGUGCUGGGCGCGGCGGCCAUCCCGCCCCACCUCCGCUUCUGGGGCGUGGACUCCGGCAAGCCUCACAGCGUGGGUGGUUCUGACUAUGGGCGGGUGCGGGUGGGGACCUUCAUGGGGCUGCGCAUUGCCAGCCAGCUGGCGCAUGAGGCGGCGGGCGGCGGCGGGGAGGCGGCCCCCAUAGGCGGCGGCUACUUGGCCAACGUGCCUCCCAGCGACUUUACGUGGCGGUACGAGGGGCAGCUUCCCGAGGUGAUGGAAGGUGCUACCUUCUUGCAGCGAUACGGUUCCCACUGGGACUAUGCCACUAGCGUGGAUCAGGCGCAGAGCUAUGCGGUGCGCACCCCAGCCGGCCACCCGGUGCACGAAAACUUCCGGGUGCAUGCGUUCAAGCAGGUGCUGGCCGCGCCCGCCGACGGCGGCGAGCAGCUGGAGGUGCUCGGCGAGCUCAUGCGGCAGUCGCACGUCAGCUACAGCCGCUGCGGCCUGGGCUCGGACGGCACCGACCGGCUGGUGGAUCUGGUGCAGCAGGAGCGCGGCGCGGCGGCGGCACGAGGCGAGGCGCCCGCCGUGUUUGGAGCCAAGAUCACGGGCGGCGGCUCUGGCGGCACAGUCUGCAUCCUGGCGGCAGCGGGGCAGCGCGGCGAAGCGGCAGUGCAGCAGAUAGUGCAGCGCUAUGCCCAAGAGGCUGGCUUUGCUCCCAAGGUGUUCCAAGGCUCCUCCAGCGGUGCAGCAGAGUUUGGCCACCUGCGGCUGCGGCGCAGGCGGUAG